AUGCCUCGAGUGGCUCCCGGGGACCGGAAGCGGCAGUAUCGGCCCAAGACGCGAAGAGUACGACGUGUAAAGUGCGGUGAGGAGCGCCCAAACUGUCUUCGCUGCACGUCAACCGGUCGCCCAUGCGACGGCUACGAUGUUCCGACAUUUCCCUCUGCGUCGAAGUUGACAAGCUCGCGACAGAAUGCACUCGCAAAGCCACUAGUCCCUCGCCCGCUGAGCGACCCCUCGUACUGUCUAUUCACUAGCGAUGAGGAGCGCCGCUCUUUCCAGUUCUUCCUAGCGAAGACCGCCCCGCAGCUGGCGGGCGACUUCGAGUGCGCCUUCUGGGGGCGUUUGUUGCUGCAGUCCGCGCACCACGAGCCAGCCAUCCGCCAUGUCACAGUCGCCCUGGGCUCACUGCACGAGAGCUUUGAGCGCAAUGCAGGCGCCCCCUUCCGCUACGGCGCAAACACCACAAGCAGCUCUUUCGCCCUGCACCAGUACCUACGUGCCAUACGCUGCCUGAGGCCCAUGCCAGAAAGCUCGCAGCCAAUUGACGUGUGCAUUAUCUCCUGUGUUCUCUUUGCAUGCUUUGAGGCUAUGAGCGGCCAGUACGGCUCAGCUAUCACGCAUGUCACCAGCGGACUCAAGAUUCUCGACGAGCUGCGCACUAACCCAAACAAUGGCUUCGUGAGUCCGAACGUGGGUCGUACGCCAUAUAUUCCCUUGGACGUCUUGUGUGGGCUUUUUACACGCCUGCAGGGGCAAGUCAUUGUGACUGUCCACCGUAUCAGCGCAGCCCGUUGCAAUCUGUGGCCUGAUUUAGUCAUGGACUUAAAUCGGCCCAUCGUGUUUCACUCGUUAGCCGAUGCGCGCGAGACACUCGAGGUUUACACAUAUUAUUACCGGCAACAAAGUACGGAGCUGCAGAUUCAGAGCACGCAGACAAUGUCCUUAGAACCCAGGAACUCCAUCAAUCCUGUUAUCACCGUUCACACUGCGGCAGUCGCCUUGCGCGACACCUCCCUUUCCCUGUUGGACCGCUGGUCUGCCGCGCUGGACGACUUUCUGCGGGGGAGUGGUACAUCCCUGACGGACCGCGAACGCCGCGCUACCGCCGUCCUCCAGCUGCGGAAGAUCGACUGUUUCAUCUCGCUAGACGCCCUUUCACCCAUAGGCGAGGCCGACACAGGUGACCAUCUCCAAUGGGACAGGCACUGUGCAUUCUUCGAGCAAAUGGUGACCCUGGGUGAGUCGAUCGUCGACCUGAACUCGUCUUCUAUAUCUCCCUCUUCUCCGCUUGCCCUGUCGCCCCCCAAAUCCUUCUCGCUCGAUCUGGGCAUCGUCGCAGGCAUGUUUAACGUUGCUAUCCGGUGUCGCGACCCGCACAUUCGCCGGCGCGCCGUCCGCGUGCUCCGCGCCGCUGCGGCCCAGGAGGGGGUGUGGAACAGUGUUGUAGCGGCGGCAAUAGCGGAGAAAUGGAUCGAGAUCGAAGAGGAAGGACUGGGGGUCGUAGCGAGCUGUGCGGAUGUGCCCGCUGUCGCGCGGCUGGCGGACUUUGUACCUGUGUUCGAUAUCGAGCAGCCAGGUGCGACGGUCUAUUUUAGCCGCUCGUCCCGGAUGGGUCAGGGGAUUGUCCGGAGAGAAGUGUUUACGUGGUGA